AGUAAGCAAACUCCUGCCUGACUUGACAGCUGAAGUUCUGGGAGCUGAUAGAGAUUUUUGUAGAAAGCCUCAUGGGGCCUAUCACCUUUGCUGGCUGCCUGGUCCACUUAAGAAACCCAGCAGCAUGAGAACUAUUUCGAAUGGACACAGGAUGUUACCUGCAGUCACACUAAAUGUUCCAGACUUUUCUUACCUCUAAAUGCGUUGUCCUCCAUCUCAUGAAGCCUCAACCUUCCUGAUAAAUAGAAACUGACCACUCUCAAGCCUCUACGGGGAAUCCUUGGCACGUGGAGCCUGGAAGACUGCCCUUAACAGUCUUUAAGGAAAGCCCCUGAUAAUUGUUUGAAAUGCUGAGAAAGUUGCUGUGGAGGAGACUUUUUUCUUGUCCCACUAAAUACUUCUUGAUGAUUCUUGUUUUUUCCCUUGUCACCUUCUCUGUUUUAAGGAUUCAUCAAAAACUCGAGUUUAUAAGCAUCAGACACCUGGAGCUUGUUGAAGAGAAUCCCAGUAGUAACAUUAAUUGCACCAAAGUUUUACAGGGUGAUGCAGACGAACUCCAGAAGGUAAAGCUUGAGACAAUAACCGUGAAAUUUAGAAAGCGCCCUCGAUGGACGACCUAUGACUAUAUAAACAUGACCUCGGAUUGCCCUUCUUUCAUCAAGAGGCGCAAAUAUAUUGUAGAACCCCUUAGUGAAGAAGAGGCGGAGUUUCCGAUCGCAUAUUCUAUCGUGGUUCAUCACAAAAUUGAAAUGCUUGACAGGCUCCUGAGGGCCAUCUACAUGCCUCAGAAUUUCUAUUGCAUUCACGUGGACAGAAAGUCAGAGGAGUCCUUCUUAGCUGCGGUGACCAGCAUCGCGUCCUGUUUCCAUAACGUCUUCGUGGCCAGUCAGUUGGAGAGUGUGGUUUAUGCAUCGUGGAGUCGAGUUCAGGCCGAUCUCAACUGCAUGAAAGACCUCUACCGAAUGAGUACACACUGGAAGUACUUGAUCAAUCUCUGUGGUCAGGAUUUUCCUAUUAAAACCAACCUGGAAAUUGUCAGGAAGCUCAAAUCGUUAAUGGGUGAAAACAACCUGGAAACCGAGAGGAUGCCAUCCAAUAAGGAAGAAAGAUGGAAAAAGCAUUACGCAGUCGUGAAUGGGAAACUGACCAACACGGGGACCGUCAAAAUGCGUCCUCCGCUGGAAACGCCCAUUUUCUCAGGCAGUGCCUACUUCGUGGUCAGUAGGGGAUAUGUGGGGUAUGUGCUAGAAAAUGAAAAGAUCCAAAAGUUCAUGGCGUGGGCACAAGACACCUACAGCCCAGAUGAAUACGUCUGGGCCACAAUCCAGAGGAUCCCCGAAGUGCCAGGCUCAGUGUCCGUAAGCCAUAAGUAUGACUUGUCCGACAUGCACGCGGUGGCGAGGCUGGUCAAGUGGCAGUACUUUGAAGGUGAUGUUUCCAAGGGCGCCCCCUACCCGCCUUGCAGUGGGGUGCACGUCCGCUCCGUGUGCAUUUUCGGAGCUGGCGAUUUGAGCUGGAUGCUACGCCGGCACCACCUGUUUGCCAAUAAGUUUGACGUGGAUAUCGACCACUUUGCCAUCCAGUGUUUAGAUGAGCACCUGAGGCAUAAAGCUUUGGAGACAUUAAGACACUGACCACCGUAGGCAAUUUUAAGAAUAAUAAGGAUGCGCAAAAUGCACCCCCCCUGGCUCCUCUGCCUUCUCAAUAAGCAUUGGAAAAGUCAUAUGGGGUCCCCCUUGGGGCAGGGACUCUGAGUUUUCCUGUCAGAGAAGAUGUGGGCAUCUACAGAGCACGAUGGACCGGAAAGCUGCCAGCCCUGAAUGGUUGCCGAGAGUUAGUGUGGUGGGGGGAGUUAAAGUCGCCCCCCAGUGGUGGGUAGUGAGGCAGGAGAGAGGGGGAUGGGGUGGCCAGGGAAGAGUGUGGUGCAAAACUCAGUUUGUUAAAAAAAACUCAGGGACUUAGCAAAAUGAGAUUUGAUGCGUGCCAAAAUUAUUUUGAUAAUCUUAAAUGUGAUCAUUUUCCUGAUGUGAACAUUUAUAGCAACAGACAAUCAGAAGGGUACAAUUUACCUUGUAUAUUAUAUUUGUGGAAAUAGAAAUUUGAUUGUACUCUGGACAAUCCUUGUACAUAGUUUCUGUUGUGAUGGCGUGUCCUGUAGUAUGUCUCUAUUAUCUCAGGGAGCUUAAAACAGGCUUGACUUAAAAUUCAUUUUUUUCUGUCUUAUUUUUACUGAUAAUAAUGCACAUGUUUUCAAAAACAAAAAAUGGCUACUUUCAGCUUAGUUGAUUUCUACGAAUCAUCUUAGAUAUUAGAAAAGAUAUUUUGCUCUCUCUCUCUUUAUAUUUAUUCACUUAUUUAUCUAUUUAUUUGUUGUGAUUUAUCACGCCACCGGGUCUGGGAGUGAAACCAGUCGACCAAGUAGGAAUCCGUUGCCCCAACCACCAUGCCACCUGCUGGCCCAAUAUCUCUCUUUUUUAUUGUAGUUUCUACACGAAGUAGCACUCAGUUUUUCCAAAUAUCUGUCUCUAUCCUUUUCCCACACUAUCCCUGACCUUACUACCAAGCUGUGUAAAUGUCCUGUCAGGGGGACCUGUGUUACUGCCCCAGUUCUGAUGGUCAGUAAUGAGUACGCAGAAGUAGGAUGCUGAAGUAGGUUUGCAGGGAGGAAGAAAAGGAAUCCAUUUAGACAGUUUCUGAGGCCAUGAGGAGUUUUCAAAACCAGCUCUUGACACUAUCCCAGGAAAUGAAGACUGUUGCUCUUUAAAUCUACUUGGGUCUGACCUCACGGAGUCAAUGAAUCCUGAUGUCACGUGUGCCUUGAUUCAAAAGGACCUAGCCCUUGUCCUGUGUCUUCAUAGUUGGUUUCUUAUCCCAUUGUUUGUAAGUUUCUUCUUCUUGUGAAUUUUUUUAUUUUUUCUUUUUUCUCCUUUUCCUUUUUCUUUAAAUUUUCCAGAGGGUACUCUCUGGACAGAGAAAGAGAGGGAAAAAAGCACCCUCCCUGCCAUGGGUGAUGGUCACGCCGUAAUCUUUUCUCCUUCAUUACUCCUUCCUGGGUUUGGGGCAUGCACACACACGUGGCCUGUGUGUUUCUCAAGUCACCAGGUCUAGGUCUAGGGCUGGCGCUGCACAGUUGGCCUCAGGGGCUCCAGCCGCCUUAACCACCAGUCCACGAACUGGCCCCCUCAUGUAACCCUGUGAGGAAGGAAGAGGGUGCUGCUGUCCCCAUGGUGUUAGAAGGCCUGGCAGGGAACUUCAGGUUUGGGACAGAGUUGUUUCAGUGCUGGUACUGUUCGCAGCACAUGGGUUCUACUCUCUCUCUUUUCACAAAAAACACAUGAUUUGGGGUUGUGUAGAGCUGGCUCACAUCUCAAAGUAAAUGAAGACUUUUAAAAAUUAUUAUUUUGCCAAGUUAAUAUUGUUCACCCAAAGAUCAAACUGGAAUUGUGGAGCUCUGUCUUUUGGCACAAAACUUUACACAGGGAU